AUGACAUUUGAUGAAGCAGGAUUUCCCAACUAUGUGAUGGAUGAAAUAGACAAAAUGGGAUUUUCGAAACCCACUCCUAUUCAAGCUCAAGGAUGGCCUAUUGCUUUAAGUGGUUGUGACAUGGUGGGCAUUGCAUCUACUGGAUCUGGUAAAACUCUAUCAUAUAUAUUACCAGCAAUUGUUCACAUAAAUAAUCAGCCCAAAUCAAGUAGAGGGGAUGGACCCAUAGCACUUGUGCUAGCCCCAACAAGAGAGUUGGCUCAACAGAUACAAGAAGUUAGUGACAAAUUUGCCAAUACAUCAAAAAUCCAUAAUACCUGUUUAUUUGGUGGAGCACCAAAAGGACCUCAAGCUAGAGAUUUAGAUGCAGGAGUUGAAAUAGUUAUAGCUACACCAGGUAGACUUUUGGAUUUCUUAGAAAGUGGAAGAACGAAUUUGAAAAGGUGUACAUACUUAGUACUAGAUGAAGCCGAUAGAAUGUUGGAUAUGGGAUUUGAACCCCAAAUAAGAAAAAUUAUUGAACAAAUUAGACCAGAUAGGCAAACCCUGAUGUGGUCUGCUACUUGGCCUCGUGAAGUACAAUCACUUGCUUCCGAAUUUCUCAAGGACUACUUGCAAAUUAAUGUUGGGUCUCUUCAACUAGCUGCUAACCACAACAUUCUACAAAUAAUAGAUGUUUGCAUGGAAUAUGAAAAGGAGACAAAACUUAGUACCCUACUAAAAGAAAUAAUGGCUGAGAAAGAAAACAAGACUAUUAUUUUUAUAGAGACAAAACGGAGAGUUGACGAUAUAACAAGAAAAAUGAAAAGAGAUGGGUGGCCAGCUGUGUGUAUUCAUGGAGAUAAAUCUCAAAAUGAAAGAGAUUGGGUAUUACAAGACUUCCGAAGUGGCAAAGCUCCUAUUCUUGUAGCUACAGAUGUUGCAGCAAGAGGUUUAGAUGUGGAUGAUGUCAAAUUUGUAAUAAAUUUUGAUUAUCCUAGUAAUUCUGAGGAUUAUGUUCACCGAAUUGGAAGGACUGGGCGGACAAACAAAACUGGAACGGCUUAUACAUUUUUCACCCCUUCUAAUGCUGCCAAGGCUGCAGACUUAGUUUCAGUUUUAAAGGAAGCAAAACAAGUUGUAAAUCCUAAACUUCAGGAAUUAGCAGAACGAGGCAGUGGAGGUGGCCGACGGCACCGCGGUCGAGGAGGCAGAUAUCGUCGAGGACGGCGUUCUCGUUCUCGAACUCGAUCUCGUGAUCGCCGCCGCCGCUCCCGCUCACGGUCCCGCGAUCGCCGACGCCGCCGCCACAGUUCAUCCAGAUCCUCCAGAAGUCGGUCUUCGAAAUCGUCGCGAAGCCGCUCACGCUCCCGUUCCCGUUCAAGAUCCCGUUCUCGAUCAGGCAAGUGUAGUCCACACAAGGAUGCUCAACGAGCGAAUCAGACACCAUCCCAAGGGUUGUUGCCAACUCCCAAACCACUGCUGCCAACGCCCGUCGGCCCCCAACUGCUUCCUACUGUAGAUAAAUCUAAUUCACGAGAGGUCUCGACUCCUCGCAAUGAGCCGAGAAGUAGAAAUAAUCACAAUGUAGCAAGUGAUAAUACAAAUAAUGUUCAACAAGCACCUAACGAAAUUCCUUCAUUGCUGACAAUGAAUCCUCAAAUGAACAUGUGUAUGCCCAUGCCGCCUAUGAACGGUCAGAAUUACGUUGUACCCACAUACUUCCCCGACCAGUACGGCAACAUGAUGAUGGGUGCCCCCUUCCAAGUCUCCUCUUGGGGCGCUCCUCCUCCGCCUCCCCCUCCUCCUCCCGAAGGCCAAAGUUACGGGCAAAGUGGUUUGGGUCAUGGUGGCGUAGACUCAGAUUCCAGAAAAAGAGACCGGCCUGGACUCGAGAGUUCGAGCCAAUACCACAGCGGGGGACUCGGCUCUAACAGAGCUUCGGACUACGGAGGCGGGUUAGGCUCGGGUGAUGGGCCGAACUACGGCGGCUUAGGCUCCGGUGGGGGCCUGGGCUGUGACGAGCCCGAUGCUAGAUCGCGGGGCUCUCACGACCGACGCAGGCGUGGAAGAGGACGAGACCGCGACGGUUUCAAUUCAGAAAACUCGAGCAGUGAUAUCGGCUUGGGCGCGCCCGGCCUUGGCGGUUUGGGCUCUGGCGGUCUCGCCGUACCCCACGGGAGCCUCUUGCCGCGCAUGCUGCCUCAGAAAGGCGACGGCGUUGGACCACAAGGCGCUAACUUUACCGUUUUCGGAUCUUACGGAUCUAAAAACAAAAGAAACCAAGAUAGUGGUGAAUAUGGUUAUCCUAAUAACAGCAAUACCGACGGCAAUAUGGAGUACCAUGGGCAACAAAAUUUCGGACCCGGCAGACCUUGCGGGGGUGGAUUGGACCAGAACGGUGUGCAGGCAAAUGGCUCCGUGGGGUACCAUAAUGACCGCCAGGGUAACCGCUACCGACGGUGA